AGUCAGUGUAAGGAGUGCGGAAUUUAUUAGUGACAUACCGAAGUAUCUGUGGACUUAAGCCAACCUUGUAGCUGAUCUCUGUUUCAAAAAAAGUCAAGGAAUGGAAGCAAAAAUGAGUAACGGCACACCGAAUGCCACUGGCCAACCAGCUAACGACAAAAUCGAGCUAAUCAAGAAAUAUCAACUUGUACCAUUAAUUUUUAUAAUUGUCAUUGGUUUUUUCGCAAACUCCGUGGUUUUAAUCUAUGGUAUUCAUAAAAGAAACAUGAUCAAGCAUUAUAGCAAUUAUUUUGUCUUGAGCAUGGCUGUAGCGGACUGGUUGAUAAUUUUUACUAUACCUUUCCAUUUAUUCGAGUAUCUAGAAGGUUACCAUGGUGUUCAUAAUGCAUUCUGUACCUACAUCAUACCUAUACGUGAAACAUUCCAGGGAGUAGUCAUUUUAAGCAUAUCCACUCUCGCAAUCAUGCGUGUACGGCAAGUGACGACAUAUCCACUAAAACAGUUUUCAAAGCGCUCAUGCCAGAUAAUUGUCGUAGCCAUUUGGAUCGUAAGCUUCUUUAUUUGCACAGUGCCGUUUUAUGAUGGUGUGUAUGCCUUUGACGAAGGUGGCGUAUGUGAUCCACAUUAUACCAGCCCAUUACGAAUGCGUGUUCACGUGACGUUGCUAGUUUGCCUUCUUUUAUCGCCAAUGUUGAUAGCGACAAUAGCUUAUCUCACAGUCAUUAGAAGGAUUUCGCAGGUCCUUGCAAGAGAUUCGGAAAAUGAGCAUUCUAGUAAUAACAAAAGGAUCACAUAUUUGUUGAUUGCAUUAAUUGCAUCAUGUUGGAUAACAUUUGGUGUUGUAUCUAUACACCAUUUGAUAAUUUUGUACGCUCGACAACACCUGAAUACACUACUAUGGCACAUAGGGGUACCUUUGUAUCUUGGAGGAUCAGCUUUAAAUCCAGUCUUAGUAAUAUUAACAAUGCCUGAAUAUCGUCCAUGCAAUGAUGUCCAAUUUCGAUGCUUGCGAAAACCUCGUGUUGCUGACGAAGUAAACGAACUCAGGAGAAAUAAAAUCGUAUCAUCUUCUGUGUAAACGUUCCUAUUUUCUCAACCUUUAUCUUUUGUAUGUAAAAUGGAAACAGCUUACUAUCAUUUGACUACUUUAUAUAAAGAACCUUCACUUUCUGUAACAUUUAAAUUCAGUAACACAACUUGGUAUUAUUUUUUACAUACUUUUUUUGUACUCAUAAUUUUUUACACAAAUGUAAAUAUUGUAAUUUUGAUUUUUAGCCAAUAUAUGUAAACUAUGGGCAAUCAAUUUACGCAAACUAUAUCACAAUAACAUAGGAGACUACCAUUGUAAAUGCAACUUACUAUUCUUGAAAAUAUGUUUACAUUAUAUAUAAUUCAAUAAAAAGAUUUUCGAGCUA